AUGUUGCCUCCAGUACCAUCUCCAGCCGACUAUGGAAUUACUUCCAAUUAUGGGUUUCUCUCCCCAGAUCUUCCCUUGGAAGUGCUACCAGAUCCAUACUACGCAAGAUGGGAGAGCAUUGUUCACAACCUUCAAGCGUUGAUUUUGAGCAAACGAUUACAGACAAUGGUCCAGCAUCUGCCUAUACUCUCUACCUCAAACCUAAAGACAGAUGCUGAGUGGCGUCGCGCGUACGUAGUACUUGUAUUCAUGCUACACGGUUAUGUUUGGAGUGGGAAUUGCCCGGAAGAGAGGAUUCCCCCUCAGCUUACAGUGCCCUUGUUUGAAGUCUGUGAACGACUUGAAGUACCACCUGUCGCAACCUAUGCCGGGGUAUGCCUCUGGAACUAUAAACCGAUCUUCCCUGAUGAACCCGCCAAUACCCUGGACAACAUCGCCUGUCUACAAACAUUCACCGGAUCCCUAGAUGAGCAAUGGUUCUAUCUGGUGUCCGUUGCCAUCGAGGCACGUGGGGCACCCUCCAUCCCCCUGAUGCUGCGCGCAAUCACAGCAGCCCGCACAGGAGAUAGCCGAAUAGUAACAGACUGCCUCCAACGACUAGCCGAAACAAUCGAUGAAACCAGCAGCCUCCUCCAAAGAAUGUACGACAACUGCGACCCUUACGUCUUCUACAACCGCAUCCGCCCCUAUCUAGCCGGCAGCAAAAACAUGUCCGACGCAGGCCUCCCAAACGGCCUCUUAUACGACGACGGCCAAAACCCGCAAUACCGCCAAUACGGCGGCGGCAGCAACGCCCAAAGCUCACUGAUCCAAUUCUUUGACAUAGUCCUGGGCGUGGAACACCGCCCAACAGGAACGACGCGGGGCGACCAAGUCCCCGCAGAAAGCAAAUCCCGGCACAGCUUCAUCCACGAAAUGCGAACCUACAUGCCCGGCCCGCACCGGCGCUUCCUCGAACACGUAGACACAGUCUCGAACAUCCGGUCAUUCGUCGAAGCGCGUCGCACAGACUCAGCGCUCACAAUAGCGUACGACGCCUGUCUCGCGAUGUUGCGCGUCUUGCGCGAUAAACACAUUACCAUGGUCUCACGAUACAUAAUCCUACAAUCUCGCGCAAAACCCCAACCUCAAACCCCAGCCCGGACAAACCUUGCCACUGCUACGACAGAAAAGAAAAAGAUGCGGGGUACCGGUGGAACGGCGUUGAUUCCUUUCCUGAAGCAGGCUCGUGAUGAGACAGGUGAACCAGCUAUUGACGCCUGGGCUAGGAGGUUACUUAGCGAUGGGCCUGCUGAUAAGACGUUUGCUUCGCUGAGUAAGGUCGGCGAGAUGCCUGAUGGGCAUUUGGAGGUUGUUGGGCUUUGUGGGACUUGGACGGCCGAUGACAGUGAGGGGGGGAUUUGUCAUUGGUGA